GCUGGUGUGUAUCAUUGAGGAUAGGAUUUCCAUGUGAAACAACAUGUCUUUGUGAUUGCCUUUCAGAGGCUGCUGGAACAGAACUACUGAGCAAAAGCGGGCGUCCUGUCCCUGGUUGUUGCCAAGUUUGCCGUAGGCUUGGGAAAGUGGAGCUUGAAGCUUCCCGCCUGCAGUGAAGCAGAGAGAGAUACAUACUGCUCACAGUAUAACAGACAUGGGCUACCUGCUGACUUUCCACCUCUCCUACAAAGUCCGGUUCCGGUUACUGUUGCUUUUUCUCCUGUGCCUGACAGUGGUUGGGUGGGCCACCAGUAACUACUUUGUGGGGGCUAUUCAAGACAUUCCUAAAGCAAAGGACUUAAUGGCUAAUUUCAACAAGGUCCUGGUUUGGGGGAAGGAAGAAACUCUGACUAAGGAAGACUCCGUGAAAAAAGCAGACUUGGAUGACUGCCCUUCUGUGUCUCCGCACCUCAAGGGCCCAAACAAGCUCGUUUUCAAACCAGACCUCACUCUGGAGGAAGUGGCGGCAAAAAAUCCCCAAGUGCACAGAGGCCGGCAUCACCCUGAGGAAUGUAAGGCCUUACAGCGGGUCGCCAUCCUCAUUCCUCACCGGAACAGAGAGAAACACCUGAUGUACCUGCUCGAACACCUUCACCCCUUCCUGCAGAGACAGCAGCUGGACUAUGGCAUCUACGUCAUCCACCAGGCUGGAAGUAAAAAGUUUAAUCGAGCCAAACUCUUGAAUGUGGGCUAUCUAGAAGCUCUCAAGGAUGAAAAUUGGGACUGCUUUAUAUUCCACGAUGUGGACCUGGUGCCCGAGAACGACUUGAACCUCUAUAAAUGUGAGGAGCAGCCCAAGCAUCUGGUGGUCGGCAGGAACAGCACAGGGUACAGGUUACGUUACAGUGGAUAUUUUGGGGGUGUCACUGCACUCAGCAGAGAGCAAUUUUUCAAGGUGAAUGGAUUCUCUAACAACUACUGGGGAUGGGGAGGCGAAGACGAUGACCUCAGACUCAGGUGAACAA